UGUAAAAAUAUUACUCUUUCUCCGUUUCAUCUCUCUCCGAACUUCCGAAGCCCUAUUCUCUCUCUCUUCAAUCACAAGAGAAAGUUUUUCUCUCAAUAAUUCAUGUCGGAUCAGGGUCGACCAUUGCCCAAAUUCGGUGAAUGGGAUGUCAACGAUCCUGCAUCGGCCGAGGGAUUUACCGUGAUCUUCAACAAGGCGAGGGAUGAGAAGAAAACAGGCGGCAAACCCGAGUCAGUUGAAAAGGCUGACCCUCAGGGUAAACCUGAAGCCAAACCCGGCAAAUCCCAGACCAAAAAAUGGUUUUGUUGCGUUCUCGUGCCCGAUCGUAAGAGCUGGUAUCUACAGGGCAUGGAUGAGCUUUUUUUCUGGGAUUCAAUUCUUGAGUGUAAAAUUGUAUUGUGGUGAGGGAUAUAAGAGCGAAGAAGACAAAAGCAUGCAUUACUUCUUUAUAA